UGCCAGUCCAGUAGCAAAAGAGCACGCUUGCGACGCUAAGUUGGUGUGACUGUGAAAGUAGUGCUGCAAACAUGGUGCUCAAAGCUGUGUGCGUGUUGAAAGGAGCUGGGGAGACCAGCGGGACAGUUUACUUCGAGCAGGAGGGAGAUUCUGCCCCUGUGAAGGUAACGGGAGAAAUCAAAGGUCUUGCCCCCGGUGAACAUGGCUUCCAUGUCCACGCCUUUGGAGAUAACACAAACGGGUGCAUCAGUGCCGGCCCUCACUUCAACCCCUACAACAAGAAUCACGCUGGCCCCAAUGAUGCAGAAAGACAUGUUGGAGACCUGGGCAACGUGACUGCAGGAGCAGAUAACGUCGCCAAGCUCGACAUCACAGACAAGAUAAUCACCCUCACGGGCCCCGACUCCAUCAUUGGCAGAACCAUGGUGAUCCACGAGAAGAAAGAUGACCUUGGAAAAGGAGGGAACGAGGAGAGCCUGAAGACCGGCAAUGCUGGUGCACGUCUGGCCUGUGGAGUUAUCGGCAUCGCCCAGUAACCAAAAUGCUACAACUCGAUGCACUGAAGACGCUUUUCCCCACUGCACUUAAUAAGACCAACAUAACUACUUGAUGUGACAGUUUGCCCCUUUUCAAUUCUCUAUGGCUUUUUGUCGACUAGUCUGGAGAGUAGAUGAGCCACUCUUUGCCCCGUCUGUUCCUAAUGACAGUUGUAUGUAAGAGUUUAUGUCUGCGGAUUAGUUUUAUUCCCAAAGAAUUGGUAACGCACAAAUAAUAACCAGAUACAAUUCACAAGAUGAAUAAAUUGUUUAUCUGAA